CAGGUUUCGGUGCGAGCGUCUCUCAAUCGGGUGACGUCUUUUUACUGAAUGCAUAGACGGCGACAACAACGUCUCACGAUGACAGCGUACCAGAGGAGCUGACACUGCAGUCCGACCCUCGAGGGAGACAGUCCCGUAUCCCAUAUCUAGCGGUAGGCUUGCGCGAGACUAGCCAGAAGUUAAUGAUGUGUGAUAAGGUAACGACGUACCAGCCGUGUACCGUGUGAUAUCAGUGCAAAUGUUAGUGAUACCAUGUGCUGCUAAAGAGACCGUUUCUCACGCGUUUGUUCGGAUGUUGGCAGCGCGUUCGCCUCAAUUACAGGCAGAUCUCGAUCUUGCUCACGGAUCUCGGUAUACGGCAUUGGCGGAGGGAAAGAAGAAAGAGACAAAAUGACAUCUGACGAAAGCGAAAAUGCUGGAGCAGAUGCUGCGUUCGAUCGGAUCAUGGAAUCAAUCGGCAACGAUGGUCCGUUUCAGCGCCGGUACAACAUCAUCUUUAACGUGAUCGCGGUACUGUUUUUCGCGAUGUGUGUGGUGAAUGUGUUGCUCGUGCUGGCCGUCCCGGACCACAGGUGUCGUAUAGCGGUCACGGACAACGAAAUGCUCAACGCUACGGGCAGCGAUCAGUGGAAUGGAACUGUGUAUCCAAUGGAGUAUAACAGUCGUGGAGAAUAUGUGCCCAGUUCCUGCGAGAUGUACAACAUUUCUUAUGAUGAGCAUACCACUGACGACUAUACGCCACCAUCGAACAAAACAGCGACAGUAUCCUGUCUGUAUGGAUACGAGUAUGAUCGCACCUACUACGAUCGUACACCAGUGACGGAGCAGGAUUGGGUCUGCGAUCGGGAACUGUACGGCACGAAUGUCUUUGCUUUCGUGCGCGUUUCCGAAGUGUGCGGGACAUUUAUCCUUGGCCAGCUGGGUGAUCGAAUCGGGCGACUGCCGGUGUACCUGUUCAGCAUAGCGACGGCUGCCAUCGGGCGAGUACUGUCCAUAUUUUCCGCCCACAGCUACUGGCUGUUCGCAUCGCUCGCUUUCAUCGGUAGCUUCUCCACCAACACCUCCUUCCAGUCGCCCCUGAUUAUCGCGAUGGAAAUCUCGAAAGAUGCUAACCGGGCGGCCCUUUCCCUCUGGCAGCUGGUCGGCUGGACUGCGGGCGUCUGUCUCGCCCCGCUCAUCCUCUGGUGGAUGCGUGACUGGAGCUGGUUCAUGAUCGUCACCUCGCUGCCCUGCCUACUGUUCUACUGCUUUCCCCGCUACGCGAUCGAGUCCCCGCGCUGGCUGGCAAGUCAAGGACGUUACGGCGCGUGUCUGGCGCAGUUGCGCAAAAUUGCCACCAUCAAUGGGCGUCCGUUCGAGCUGACCGAGCAACAGCUGAAAUCGCUCGUGCCUCGUCCCGAACGCGAAAAGACGUACGGUAUCGCGUCCCUCUUCAGCGGGUGGCACAUGAGCAAGCUGACCGGCCUGCUGCUGUUCAGCUGGAUCUGCAACACCAUACCGACGUUUACCCUGUUCCUGCUCAGUCUGCAGAUGGGUGGCAACCCGUUCCUGAACAACUUCUGGCAAGGUGCGGUGGAGCUGCCGGCCUACCUGCUCGGCCAGCUGUGCUGCGAUCGACUCGGGCGCCGGUUUACCAACAGCGGGGCCUUUCUUGCGGCCACACUCGCCUGCCUGCCCGUCGUGCUGCUCAUCCAUCGGCCCGGUACCGAGCUGUACGUGACGAUGCUGGCCAUUGUGGUGAAGUUUUUUGUCUGCGUCACCUACUUCGCCCUGUACCUGCAGUCGGUCGAACUGUAUCCAACGUCACUCCGGCAGACCGGGACCUCGUUCGGUAUCAUCGUGUCGAACGUGUUCGGUGCGGUUGGACCGUACAUCGUGUACCUCGGCACUAGUCGCGACCUGCGGCUACCGUUCGUGGCGAUGGCCCUGAUUAUGCUGGUCGGUGCGGUUAGCGCCAUCUUCCUGCCGGAGACGCUCCAUCAAAAGCUGCCGGAAACGAUGGACGAGGGACGCCAGUUUGGACGUGAUCAGCGGUUCUGGUCGAUCCCAAAGCGGCCGCCCUCGGCCACCACUACCUCCCGCACCGACAUCGAGACGGAACUGCAGGAACUACAAAAACUGCACAAACCUGCAUAAUGCACUCUUCUGAACCGAUGGAACCGAACCAAACUUUCAUCAACUACUCGUACACUACACUCUCUCACCAGCUCCCUACGGCAAAAGCUUCACGAAGAUGAAGUCCAGCGAGAAGCAUCACGUGCCACUUGGCUGUGGAGAGCGAGGACAGCAGCGGUUGAAACAAAAUUUGCACGAAAUAUGUUAUUGUUACCUCCCCGUACUGGGUAUACAUUUUUAUAAUCAUUUCUAAAAAAACACAAGCUCCUCCAACUAGAACCAUGGCCAUGGGAAUGGAAAAUUGUGUUCUCUUGUUCUGGUGCUAGUCAAAAACGAGAACGGGGACCAGCAUUAUCGUGGAAAGAUGAAAAAAUGGAAAUAAUUUCCGUGCAAAGGGAGAGAGAGAGAGAGAGAGAGAGAGAGAGAGAGAGAGAGAGAGAGAGAGUCAACUCGACACACCGGACAGCAAUGUUCGGUGAUGAAGACGCUUUUGGAAUGCUUUUCAAGUUUUCCCCUUGGAAGCUGGGUGGCUCCUGCUAGUCCUGCGGAUCGUUGCGAGUGCCACCAAUCCCCACACACACAAAAAAGCAUCACAAAACAAAACGACGCUUCAAAAAAAAAGGCGCCACCCCAGCACACAACAACAACGGCAGACUUUGAAUAAUUUACAUUCCACACGGAGCGAAACCGAAAACUCACGGCUCGCGAAAAACACCGAAACGGGUCGUCCAAGUCCGGGUUAUGGGGUGGUAGUAGCAUGGGAUUUAGGAAAGUGUGGAAACUCAUCGCACACGGGACGUGAGCGCACCGAGGGCGCUGAUCUAUGAAGUGGUUUUCCAUCCCGGACUGCACACUGUAACCUGUAACACGGUACGGUGAGGUGCGGAGGUAGAACGACUCCAAAGCCGCAAAACAUACUCACACAGCACAGCAGCAGCCCAGCGGAGAUGACAUCUCUCGCAAUUUACCGGGCGCAACAGCAGCAAAUGGAGAAAUGGCCCAUAUCACCAAGAAUAAAUGCGCAUUCGCUAGGGCUGCAUUCGGUAUUCGCUAUUAAUGUGAUACUGGUAGCAUAACGCGUCCUUAGAAUGCAUUCUAGUAGAAAGUAACCCGCACACAAAAGAAGAUUCUUUACGAUUUAUCACCAGUGUCGCGUGCUGUGUAAUGCAUGGGUCCUCCAAAAGUUAUGGCGUCUGUUCGUGAAUCUUCUCGGCUAGGAAACCCAGUGACACGCGUUGCGAGCCAGUAUUAAUUGUACAAAUAGUUAUGCUAAAACCGUAUCAAUAACAUAAUCGUUGUUGCAACAGGUUUCACUGUUGAACAAAUUACCCUCUGCUGCUGUAGCAAAUCACGCUACAGCAUCCAGGCUAUACUAUUACAUCUUUCGCAUAUCACGAAACCAUUACUCCAAUUUUCAAAAGGGCCAUUUUCCUGUACCUAAUCCACAGCGCAUGGUGUUUGCAUCCAGCCUCGAUGUACAUCGCGUACAUAUUCGAUUGCAUUGCGGUGUGUGGUGCAUUAGUGCAACACACAGUGCACAAGUGCAGCGUGCUGCAACCUGCUCGUUGAUAUAAUUCUUUUAAUAAAAUACCUAUCGUCCUCUUCUGCUCCAUAAAAUCCUCCCGGGAGCAGAAGAUACCGA